UCUCGAAGGACAGUCAACUUUGGCAGCCAUCUUGGUGUGCUUGUGAAUAUUAUUGCCAAAAUGGCCACAGAAAGCGAACCAAAGAAUCUAUCUGAGAUGUCAGAGGAAGAAAAAUUUCGAGCAAAAUUUCCAGGCCGAAAGCCGACUACCACAGAUGUUAUGAGAAAACGUUUGCAAAAAGGAGGUGUUAAAUAUUUCGACUCUGGAGACUACGCAAUGGCGAAGAGCAGCGAAAAGAAAGGUCCCAUUCCACAUCGACCUAAUCUUGAUGUAUUAGGAGUAGGACGAGGCAUUCCUACUCCAGAUAAAAUUCCUCACAGAAAAUCAUCUGUACCUAUCAAAGAGCACGAACACCAAGAUACAGUACACCAUACUCAUACGCCUGUUGAAAACUAAAAAUGUCAUUGAACUCUUAUUUUUAAUUCUCUUGUGGAAGUAAGUUGAAUAGAGGUGACUACACUUGAUGUACACUCUAGACAUCUUUGACAUCUUUAUAUUGUUUCCUAUAUUGUACAUUGGAACGAAAUGUAAAUAAAUUGUUGUUUGAAUUGUGAA